AUGGAUACGCCCAGGGUCCUGCUGUCGGCCGUCUUCCUCAUCAGUUUCCUGUGGGAUUUGCCCGGCUUCCAGCAAGCUUCUAUCUCGUCCUCUUCGUCCGCUGAGUUGGGCUCCGCCAAGGGCGUGCGAAGUCGCAAGGAAGGGAAGAUGCCGCGGGCGCAGCGAGAGAGUGCCGCGGCCCGGGCUUCCGUGGAGCGCCAGGAGCCAGAGCCGCGGCCGCGGGAUGGUCCCCAGCGGCGGCCGCCAGGGCAGCCCCCCGCACAAGAGUCGCCUGGAAGGGGGCCGCGCGUGGUGCCCCACGAGUACAUGCUGUCAAUAUACAGGACUUACUCCAUCGCCGAGAAGCUGGGCAUCAACGCCAGCUUUUUCCAGUCUUCCAAGUCGGCUAAUACCAUCACUAGCUUUGUAGACAGGGGGCUAGACGAUCUCUCGCACACUCCUCUCCGGAGACAGAAGUAUUUGUUUGAUGUGUCCACGCUCUCAGACAAAGAAGAGCUGGUGGGCGCGGAGCUGCGGCUCUUUCGCCAGGCGCCCGCAGCGCCCUGGGGGCAGCCGGUCGGGCCGCUCCACGUGCAGCUGUACCCCUGCCUGUCGCCGCUGCUGCUGGACGCGCGGACCCUGGACCCGCAGGGGGCGCCCCGGGUCGGCUGGGAAGUCUUCGACGUGUGGCAGGGCCUGCGCCACCAGCCCUGGAAGCAGCUGUGCUUGGAGCUGCGGGCCGCGUGGCACGAGCCGGGCGCCGCCGAGGACGAGGCGCCCGAGCCCCCGCAGCCGCCGGCCCCCGACCUGCGGAGUCUGGGCUUCGGCCGGAGGGUGAGGCCCCCCCAGGAACGCGCCCUGCUGGUGGUGUUCACGCGAUCCCAGCGCAAGAACCUGUUCGCGGAGAUGCGCGAGCAGCUGGGCUCGGCCGAGGCUGCCGGCCCCGGCCGGCGGCGGCGGCGCACGGCCUUCGCCAGUCGCCACGGCAAGCGGCACGGGAAGAAGUCCAGGCUGCGCUGCAGCAAGAAGCCCCUGCACGUGAACUUCAAGGAGCUGGGCUGGGACGACUGGAUUAUCGCGCCCCUGGAGUACGAGGCGUACCACUGCGAGGGCGUGUGCGACUUCCCGCUGCGCUCGCACCUGGAGCCCACCAACCACGCCAUCAUCCAGACGCUCAUGAACUCUAUGGACCCCGGCUCCACCCCGCCCAGCUGCUGCGUGCCCACCAAAUUGACUCCCAUCAGCAUCCUGUACAUCGACGCCGGCAAUAACGUGGUCUACAAGCAGUACGAGGACAUGGUGGUGGAGUCCUGCGGCUGCAGGUAGCGGCGCCUU